AAAUUGUCGCCCUUGUGAGCAUGUGCACCAAGGCCGUCAUAAAUGUUGGGGCAACACGGGAGCGAUCAGCAACGGCUGUGGAAGCGGAAGAUGUGCCAUGGCAGGAGAGGACAACAAUCUAUUCAGACAGUCGAAGUGGAUCGGCGCCACAGGGGCAUGACGGGAGCGAACAGCGACUGUCGCCGAGGCAAUGGUGGACGCAGUCUUCCGUCGGGGAAAGUCGACGCGGUCGAGGCGAGACCGAAGCGAACCGCGGUGGGUGUGAAGCCGCAGAAGACUGGCUGCACACGGACCAGGGGGAAGGACAAGCCUGCCCGGUGCGCCUCGGCUAUACCUGACGACGUGGCACCGCAAGAUGCUACCUACGGCUGUCAUCUGUUCCGGCGUUCCAAGCUAGCAAGACCCUGGCAAAGGCACCGAAGACCACAAUGUGGAGGACUGGGCAAGGCCGAGGCAAGACAGAAGCAAGCAAGCGAUGCCGUAGGACGCGACAUCAGGUUACCGAAGACUGGGAGCAGAACGGCGGCGAGCAGGAAGAUGCAGCCCGCCGAGGGCCAGUGUCAGGCUUCCAACGCCCGUUGGCCGGUCGUUCUUCUCGUCGCCGAACGGCUACUUCCACCCGCUAGCCUAAGCGAACCGCGACGCCGCCCAAAGCCUACAGUGGGGUACCGAAGACUCCAUGGUCCAGUGGAGAUGAGGAGCCUGCUGAGAAUGGUCGUUGAGACGAUCGGGCAAUACCGGAGUGAGCAGCGCAAAACUUCAACGCAGAAAAUCAGCGCAGAACGGCGCACCAGGCUGACGCCAAUGCCAGCAUGUGCACCAAGACCGUCAUAAAAGCCGGGCAGCACGGAAGCGAUCAGCAAAGUCUCUGGAAGCCGGAGAGAUGUGCCGUGGCAGGAGACGAGAACCAGGUUUUCAGGAACAGCCGUGGAAAGACCGGUAAAACCGAAGCGAGCAGCGGUACCGCGUCUUAAGUGACACUGGGUUACCGAAAACAAGCGACGCGACCGGGAGCAGAAGGAGGCGUCUGCUGGGAGCCAAGUGCAAGCUUCCAGGGAACCUCGUCGUGGAAAGUGGGCGCCUAGCCUAAGCGAACAGCGACGCCUCCCAAAGCCUACAGUAGGAUACCGAAAACUCCGCGAUGCAAGGGAGUGAAGACCCCGCUAAGAAUGGUCAAAGGCCGUUGAGACGAUCGGACAAUACUGGAGCGAGCAGCGACUACCUGUUCUACUCAUAACGGCGCCCAAGACUUACGCCAUUGCCAGGUUUCACUCUUUAGUUCAAAGGCUGUUGAGAUGAUCUUGCAGUGCUGGAGCGAACAGCGAGUACCUGUUCUACUCACAACGGCGCCCAAGACUCACACCAUUGUCAGACAGAGUCGGGGAAAGACUGGCAAGACAGAAGCGAGCAGCGGUCUCCGAAACCGAGCGACGCGACCGGGAGCAGAAGGAGGCGCCCGCUGGGAGCCGUGGUCGGAAACCUCGGGCAACACGUGAGCGAGCAGCCGUUGCGUUGUGGAAGCCGUCGAACAAUGGCGAGAGUAACGCCCAUGACGUAGAACCGAGGGGCCGGUCACGUGAUCAGCCCGGUCGGGCCAAGACGGAUGCGAACAGCGCCCGUUCUUGAGUUGCACCAAGGAGCCGCCAAAGUGUAAAUACCGAACGGGACAGGACACAAGUCCUCCAGGAGACGCCGUUCAAGUGAUAAGGCAAGAUGUGAGUGAACAGCUAGAGUACACCAACUCCUCAGGAGGCGCCACCCACGGCGUCUAUUGCCAGCGAAAAAGGAUGUCAAGUAACAGCUUCGAGCGAGCCUCAUUGGGGAAAAUGGGCGCCUACCCCUAACGAACGGCGACGCCGUCCAAGGCCUACAGUGGGCUACCGAAGACUUCACGACCCAAGCGUGGGAGGAGCCAGCCAAGAAGGGUACGUUUGUGGAGCGGAUCAGCCCGACCUGGGCAAGAUGGAUGCGAACAGCACCAGUCGGUACCAUGAAAUCGGGCCGGUGCAGCGCCCCGUUAAAGAUACAGAACGGGACGGGACACAAGCCCUCGAGGAGCCAAAAGCCAGUCGAAAUGGAUCUGCGAGACCGGGCAGCUCGGGAGCGAACAGCAGGCAGGGCCCGCAGCAACGGGCGCCUGAAGACCACAGCCUUCCGUCUACCUUCCGCGAGGGUGAAUGCCAUCGCAGAUGGUAGACGCGGUCCGGGUGAAACCGAAGCGAACAGUGGUUGUGUCUGAAGCCACGCGCGGAUCCCGAACACUGGCUUUGCAUGGACAAGUGCCGUCUGGAAAGUCAGCAACACGUGAGCGAGCAGCAGAGACGCUAGAAGCGCCAGCCAAUUGUCCUUGCCGGAAGCAGGGCACGUUGUAAGCCCGGCCGGGCCAAGACGGAUGCGAACAGCCCCCGUUCUUGAGUUCCCUGAAAAUUGCACCGAGGGAUCGCCGAACGGGACGGGACACAAGUCCUCCAGGAGACGCCGUUCAAGUGAUAAGGCAAGAUGUGAGUGAACAGCGAAAGCAUACCAACUCCUAUGGAGGGCGCUACCGACGGCGCCUAUUGCCAGUGAAAGAGGCUGUCAAGUAAAAGCUUCGUUUAGCCUCAUUGGGGAAAAUGGGCGCCUACCCCAAGCGAACAGCGACGCCGCCCAAAGCCUACAGUGGGGUACCGAAGACUCCAGGUCCGAAGGGGGUGAGGAGCCAUCCAGGAAAGCAUGUGCGCCAAGACCAUCAAAAAAGUCGGGCAACAGGGGAGCAACCAUCAGCGGCUCUGAAAGCGAGAUAGAUUUUUCAAGGGACGAGAGGAGAACUAGCUUUCCAGAAAGCGGAUCAGCCCGACCUGGACAAGAUGGAUGCGAACAGCGCCGGUCCGUUCCAUAAAAUCGCGCCGGUGCAGCGCCCGGAUAUAGAUGCAGAACGGGACAGGACGCAAGCCCUCGAGGAGCCGUGAGUUUGACUUAAAAGCCAGUCGAAAUGGAUCUGCGAGACCGGGCAGCUCGGGAGCGAACAGCAGGCAGGGCCCGCAGCAACGGGCGCCUGAAGACCACAGCCUUCCGUCUACCUUCCGCGAGGGUGAAUGCCAUCGCAGAUGGUAGACGCGGUCCGGGUGAAACCGAAGCGGACAGUGGUUGUGGCUGAAGCCACGCGUGGAUCCCGAAGACUGGCUGUGCAUGGGUUAGUGGAAGUCACGCCUGCCGAUAACAGCAGGUUUAUGUUGGCCACCCUGAAACUUCUUCCAUGUUCUCGU